AUGCGAGUGACGGUAAUCUCCGGCCACUCGCCGUUCCUCCCGCUCACGUCCCUCCCGCGCGCCGCGGCGCAGACCUGCGAAGUUCUAAGCUCCAACCCGUACGGCCUCGCGUCGCUACCGAUACACCAGGACUAUCCCGGAAGCGACUUAGAAUACAUAGACGGACCAAUCACCGCGGAGGAGUGUCAGCGGCGAUGCUUAAGCUACGACCGCGAGCAGUGCAUCCUAGCCGUCGUUGGCGACGGCGGCGCGGGGUGCGCGUUAAAAUCCGCCGUUAAUCGCCAGCCGGCGCGCAGCCCGGGCGUCGCGGCGUUCGCGCUGCCGUGUUUCUCGUCGUCUUGCGUCAACACGACGACCAAUGGCAGCGCGCUCUGCGCGCCGUGCCCCACGGAUUUCUCCGACCCGAACGCGCCGCGAGCCAGCUUCCGAUGCAGCGACUCGACCUCCAUGGGUUUUAUUUCACCCACCAACUCCUCGUGGGAGCUCACGGGGGAACUAGUACCGGACGAUGCAAUCAUUGAAGACAUCGACGCCACUGAGUGCGUGCGGCGCUGCCAGACCUACCCGGGGCCGUGUGUUACUGCGCAGUACAUCCCGGGUAUGCAGCGGUGUGUGCUCAAGAAGGAGUAUGGCACAGCAUUGAGCAAUGCACCGGGAUUCCUGGCGUUUGUAAAGAAGUGUGCCGUGGAUAACGGGGGGUGUGGGCAGCAGCUGUGCCAGCAGGGGCAGCCCAACACAUGCAUCGACCCCAAGAGCUACGGGUUUUGGUUCAAGGACAGGGACACGGACUACACAGGUCCGGAAGUGGGAGGGGGGGAAGGGUUGGAUUCAGACGCGUGUGUGCAGCGGUGCCAGAAGAACGACAAGUGUGUGCUGGCCCAGACCGACCCCAAGCGGCUGAAGUGCUGGCUCAAGGGUGCGGGAUGGUGGUUUGUGAAGAACGACAAAUGUGGCUCAGACGGAUCCCAAUCGGCUCAAGUGCUGGAUCAAGGGCGAGGGGUACAGCCCGGUGAAGAUUGGUAA